UUCUGACCCUUUGCUUCCCCUCAGAUAUCUUUAUCAACAGCUCUCCAAUCAAUAUGGCAGCGCAAAUUACAGCAGCUCAAAUGGGAGCUGAUGUCCAGAAUCGUCUGGUCAACGACCCCUCGAAUCCAAACAAUUGUGCCUGCGGCUGGUAUGUGUACUACUCGUCUGUUUGUGGCCAUGCAUACCAGGAAGUGCCAUACCGGUGUGGCGCUCGAACGACCCCAUCUGGGAAGAGUGGCUUCUGCAAAACCCCGGCACCGAAACAUAUUGUCCCGGCACCGCAAAUCAACGCUCAAUGUCAAUAUUGCUAA